UAAUGUCGCUACACGCUGGUUGUUAUUAUUGAAAUGGCCGACGUUUAGGGGGAGUGUCUCGAAGAUACAUAAUAUCUAAACUGUAAUUGAUAUUAGAUAAAAAUAAGGCAGUCGCCGUGGCGAAGGUUCACGUUCUAAAUUAAAGACUGAACAAUAAUAUUGGAUUAAAAUGGCUUGGCGUUUUAAAGCUUCUAAAUAUAAAAAUGCAGCACCAAUAGUGCCCAAACCAGAAGCAUGUGUAAGGGAUGUAUGUGUUGGUUCUUACCAGACUUAUGGAAACAACAUAUGUGCCUCUGCAUCUUUUAUGGCUUUCAAUUGGGAGCAUGUAGGGUCGAGUAUGGCAGUGUUGCCUUUAGAUGAUUGUGGGAGAAAGAGCAAGACAAUGCCUCUGCUUCAUGCUCAUUCAGAUACCAUAACUGAUAUGGAUUUUUCGCCCUUCCAUGAUGGAAUACUUUUAACUGGCUCUCAGGAUUCUCUGGUAAAAGUCUGGCACAUACCUCCAGAAGGCCUGAAAGAAUCCAUCUCGACACCUGAAUGCUCACUGUCUCAAAAGCAACGGAGAGUAGAGAAUGUAGGUUUCCACCCUGUCGCUGAUGGACUAAUUCAUGUUGCAUCAGGUCAUGAACUAGCACUGUGGGACUUGACUAAACAAAAGGAAGCUUUUGUUAACCGAGACCAUACAGAAGUAAUUCAAUCUACUUCGUGGAAGAAAGACGGCAAAUUGGUCGCCACAUCGUGCAAAGACAAAAAAGUGCGAAUCCUGGAUCCUCGCGUAGAGAGUCCAGUUCUGAGCGUCGCAAACAGUCAUCAGAACAUUAAAGACAGCCGCCUCGUUUGGCUCGGCGAUAGCGAUCGAGUGCUAACUACCGGCUUCGACUCGGCUCGUUUACGUCAAAUCAUGAUUCGCGACGUUCGUAAUCUAACGCAAGCGCAGAAGACGCUGGAGCUGGAUUGUUCGACGGGAGUGCUGAUGCCGCUGUUCGACCCCGACACGAACAUGUUAUUCCUCGCCGGCAAGGGCGACACCACCAUUUUGUACAUGGAGUUGACGGACAAGGAGCCGUACUUGAUCGAAGGCUUGCGGCAUUCGGGUGAACAGACGAAAGGGGCGUGUCUGGUGCCCAAGCGCGCGCUGCGUGUUAUGGAGGGCGAGGUGAACCGAAUUAUGCAGCUCACGGGCUCCUGCGUCGUGCCCAUCAUGUACCAAGUGCCCAGAAAGAGCUACCGGGAGUACCACGCCGACCUGUACCCUGAUACCGGCGGCGCCGCCACCUUCCUCAGCGCACCCAUGUGGCUCGACGGGCUGGACCAUUCCGUGCCCACUAUAUCCUUGCAUCCGGAAGCCAACAACCUUACGCAGGUACACCGCGGUGAUUUGGAAGAGUUAGUAAGAAAAAUACUAGCGAUGCCGAUUCAAAAGAAAAGUGAUAAAAAAAUAGUGACGCAAACACACGCUGACGCGAAACCGCCGGAGCCACCGAUCGCGACGCCCGACAAAGAAGACGACAGAAUAGAUUUCGUAAACGUCAAAGACAUGAUCAAAGGCAUGGAGAAGCAAAAGACCGAGCCGAAAGAACACUCGAAAGAAAACGGAUUCCUUAAGAAGAUGGGUAACGGGCACGAGGAAAAAGAAGAUUCGAAAAGAGAAAGCUUAGACAAGACGGAUUCGGAAUCGAGCGAAACUCUUUCGCGGAGCGAGAGCUCGAUGAAUGGGAUACAAGCCCCGAAACCUUUGCCGAGGUCUUCCAUAUCGGAGGCCGGCUCGGCCGCUGACGACAGUGAAGCGCCCAAACCGAAACCCAGGACUACGGCUGCGCCCGUGUCUGGCUAUAAGCCCCGCCUCGGCCCGAAACCUUUUUCGGCCUCGACGGGAAUCGAAGAGUUUUCCUUCGACAGAGUAUUCUCCGUGCCGGCCGUUCCCGGAGUCAAUAAGAGCGAUUCCUCCACUUCGCCGGGGUCGGCUCCGACUUCGAGCUCUCCGGCGACGGCGACUCCCGUCUCCCGGGAGGGCGACAGAGAGAAGUCUCUCUCUCCCGCCGGUGACGCGGAAGUCGCGCCCAAAGAGGAAUACACAAACGGAAAAUCCGACGUGAGCGUCGAAGAAGACGUCGACGGCUCGGACGGCGGACCCGGACCCAAGACGCCGACCACCGCCGACCGGCGCCGUCUCUUCGAGACCACAGACGGAGUGAAGUCGAUCGCGGAUCGGCGUCGAGCCUACGAAGUCCGCUCCCUGAGCUCCGCGCCCGAUGCGGAAGCGCCUCUCUCGCCCGCCCCGCUCAGGCGAAGGGACUCCUUGAAGUCUCGCAAGAGUCCAGAUCGAGAGGAGAAACGUUCGUCCGUCCCGAACGUCGCCACCAAACGCACUUCGACCGUUUUCGGUAAAGUGUCCAAGUUCCGUCACCUGAAGGGCACGCCGGGGCACAAGUCGACCCACGUCGAGAACAUCAAGAAUGUCAGCCGACAGAUCUCCGGGGAGUGCGACGGAUUCUGCGCGAACGCCGUCCGCUGCGCCGUCCCCGUGAGCGCCGGCGCCGGUGGCGGCCGGGUGGCCGUCGUGGAGCUGCCGACCGGCGCCACUCCGUUCGCCGUGGCGCCGCCCUCGCACCCCGCCGGUCUGCACCCGCCCGCCCUGCUGCACCCGGCGGCCCUGCAGGACUUCGCCUUCGACCCCUUCCGGCCGGAGCGCCUCCUCGUCGCCUGCGACGACGGCGCGAUCCGCGAGUGGAUCGUACCCGACGGCGGCCUGACCGCCUCGACGAGCGAGCCCGAGCGGACGUUCGCCGCGCACGCGGAUAAGAUCUACGCGAUCCGCUUCCACCCGACCGCCUCGGACCUGCUGGCCACCGCCGCGCACGACCACUCCGUGAAGAUCUGGGACCUCGCCGCCGACCCGCCGACGGCGGCCAUCACGCUCGCCGGCCACGCCGACCAGAUCUUCGCGCUCGACUGGUCCCUAUACGGCGAGUACCUCGCGACCGUCUGCCGGGACGGCUACGUCAGGAUUUACGAGCCGCGGGCGUCGAGCGAGCCGCUGCGCAAGGGCCGGAGCGCUGCGGGCGGCCGAGGGGCGCGGCUCGUGUGGGCGCUGCGGGACACGCACCUCGUGGUCACGGGCUUCGACAAGGUGUCGGAGCGCCAGAUCCUGCUGUACCAGGCCGCCGACCUGUCGGCGCCCGUCUGCACGGUCGGCCUGGACGUCUCGCCGGCGAUUCUGCUGACGCACAUCGACCACGACUCCGGCACUCUGUUCCUGACCGGCCGGGUGAGACUUCCGCUCGCGACCCUCGACCUCCCCCCCGACGUCCCGCUCAUCUUCCCGACUCGUUCGCAGGGCGACUCGACCAUAUAUUGCUACGAGGUGACUCCGGAGCCGCCCUUCCUGUGCGCUCUGUCGCACCAUCGCUCCGCGUCCCUGCAUCAAGGAAUCUGUUUCUUGCCGAAGAACGCGCUGGCCGUCGAAAAGGUGGAGUUCGCCAGAGCGCUUCGCCUGACGAACGGAAACGUCGAACCGUUGUCCUUCACGGUGCCGAGGAUCAAGAGCGAACUGUUCCAAGACGACCUGUUUCCCCCGACGCUCGUCACGUGGCGGAGCUGGCAGACGGGGCGCCGGUGGCUCGAGAGGCGACCAGCGACCCCCGAGGUCGCCAGCCUGCAGCCGCCGGGCAUGGAGCCGCUGUCGGCCCGCACGGUCCCGGCGGCCGCGCCCAAGGGGAGGCCGAAGCCGGACCUCGUCGAGGCGCACGUCCCGCUCGACGCCAAGGACAAGCAGGACAGCAUAAUGAAAUCGAUGAGCGCCAGAGUGACCGUGAACCUGAAGCUGGAGCAGGACGCCGUGGAGGGCGUCGACGAGUCGGAGUGGGAGCAGUGAGGCUCUCUUCGAUUCGGUCGACCUCGGCCGCUCUUCGACGGCGUCGUGAAACGGAACGAGUCUCGUUUCGAUAUCGUCUCAAUAUCGUGCACUAUAAAACACGAAUCGUAUAAUAUCGUAGUUUUUAUCCUUAACGAGCCUCGCCUUAGCGUCGCGAUCUCCGUUACAUUCCUGCGUCUGCCGUACGGCCUGCAUUUAUUCGAGUACGCACUUUUUAACUUUCCAAAUACUUACGUAAAUAUAAACGUAGAUAAGAAAUUGUAGGGCAUUCGAUUCUAGCGAAUCGAUCGGAAAGUGACCGUUUCGAUAUCGCAAUUUCAAUAUUUUAUAGAUUUUAAAGUAAACGUCGAAGUGAAAGCGACAAAGCUAUGUUAGCUUCGACGAAAUCUUAACACUUUUGAUAUCGAUAUUCUACGAACAUUAUGACGUAGUUACACAUCACGUUUUGCUCAAAAUGCCAAAGAAUUUUCCAGAAAAUUUUCUAUUAGAGGCAAUUUUUUUGAUAGUUAUUAUGAAUUUUUGAAUGGAUGAAUUCGAAUAUUAUGUAGCGAACGAAUGCUACAUCGGGUCGAAACUCGAAGGUUUUGUGAGCUGUUGUACUCCGACGGGUUGAAAUUACGACUCGAAGGAGCGCGGGUCCUUCGAGUCGUAAUUUCUGAAAAAGUCUCUCUGUCGCACCCGCGCCGCACCGGAGCGUGAGGGGGGACGGGUACGUACGCUUUCGUAUUACUUAAAACUUAUGUAUAGAGUAUUUUAUUCGCUAGUCAAAAGUAAAACGUAUGAUAUU